UUCGUUUGUUUUUGACCCUGGUAGAAACUGCGUCGUUCGAAUUCUUCAAGAGUAACUGUGGCAAUUCAAUUGUAGGAUUUAUUUUAAAGUAUGUUGUCGAAAAUAUGCUGUCUUGGUGCAGGUUAUGUAGGAGGUUCAACACUUUCAAUCAUUGCCCAUUACUGCCCGGAGAUUCAAGUUACUGUUGUUGAUACUUCUGAUGAACAAAUCCAGAUGUGGAAUUCAGAUACGCUCCCGAUAUAUGAGCCGGGAUUAGAUGAAAUUGUUAAAUUACACCGUGGAAAAAAUCUACACUUUUCAUCGGAUAUUGACAAAGCAAUAGAUGAAGCCGAUAUGAUUUUUAUUUCAGUAAAUACUCCAACAAAAAAUUGUGGUCUUGGUAAAGGUAGAGCAACUGAUCUAACUAAUUUAGAAGCUGCAGCUCGACGUAUAGCUAAAGUUUCACGACAACCAAAAGUUAUCGUUGAAAAAAGUACAGUACCUGUAAAAGCAGCAGAAACUACCAGUGCAAUACUUCAAUUUGAAGCGAAAUCUCGUCAUACAAAAACAGCAACAACUAAUGAUAAUAAUAAUAAUAAUAAUAAAUUAGAUGAAUUUGUCGUCUUAUCAAAUCCGGAAUUUCUAGCUGAAGGUACUGCUGUAUAUGAUUUAUGUCAUCCAGAUCGUAUUCUCAUUGGUGGUGAUUCACAUUCAUCAUCUGGUAAAUUAGCCAUUGAAAUGUUACGUUGGAUCUACUUACAUUGGGUACCAACAGAACGUAUAUUGAUUACAUCAACAUGGUCAUCAGAAUUAUCUAAAUUGGCAGCUAAUGCUUUUCUUGCUCAACGUAUAAGCAGUAUCAAUGCUAUCUCAGCUAUAUGUGAACAAACCAAUGCUAAUAUUAAAGAAGUAGCUAAAGCUAUCGGUACAGAUCAUCGAAUUGGUCCAUAUUUUUUAAAUGCUAGUCUUGGAUUUGGUGGUAGUUGUUUUCGAAAAGAUAUAUUAAGUUUGGUGUAUAUAUCAGAGACAUUGAAUUUACCAGAAAUAGCCUCCUAUUGGUAUGCUGUAUUACAAAUGAAUAAUUAUCAAAUUGAACGAUUUACACGUAAUGUCAUUGAAAAAUUGCAUAAUACUUUGAAAGGAAAACGUAUCGCCAUAUUUGGUUUCACUUUUAAACCAGACACAUAUGAUACUAGAGAUAGUCCUGUCAUACCAUUAUGUAAUCAGUUAUUGCAAGAACAAGCGGAACUGGCAAUCUAUGAUCCUAAAGCUUAUCACAAACAAAUUGAAUCUGAUUUAUUAGUCAGUAAUAGUAAAGAUUCAUUUAAUCAAUUUGUUCAUAUUUGUUCUACUCCGGAAGAAGCUGUCACCAAUGCCUAUGCUAUUCUAAUAUGUACAGAUUGGAAAUGUUUUCAAGCAUAUGAUUAUGCGAAAUUUUAUCGUUUAAUGAUUAAACCAGCAAGAAUAUUUGAUGGACGUAUUAUAUUAAAUCAUAAACAAUUAAGUCAAAUUGGUUUUAUAGUUGAAUCCAUUGGUAUAGCAUCAGAAAAUUUUACAAUGAAUGGUUAUAAUUGAAUAAUUAUAAUAAUAAUGCACAGUGUAAACCAAUCAUGAUAAUGAUAAUAAUCUCAUUUGAUGGUGAUAAUAUUUGAUCUUUUAUGGUGUUUUAUUAUGCCUCUCUUUUCUUUUCUAAUUUUGAUUUCUUUUUGUGAACUGUGACUUGUUGGUGUGUGACUGUAGAUUUCUAUUGUAAUUAUCACUAAAUCAUGUGUUUUUUAUCUUUUAAAACUGUGUAUUCUUCUCAUUAAAUCAUGUACAUUC